AUGGAACGACUUGUAAGGAACUAUAUGGUCACUUCAAAUGAUGCAACAGAAGAAGCAAAAUCCAUUGUUUCCGAAAUCGUAUCUAGUAUAAAAAGUGGACAAGCGACUCUGAUAACUCUUGUUCAAGUACUGGGCGAAUUUUUGACAAAUGAAGAUGUUACAAUUCGUGCCAAGGGAACUGGACUUUUAUCAGCGGUUCUUGCUGAUUGUCCACAAGAGCAAGUUAAUAAUGCAGCAAUAAAUGUGUUGGUGGAUUUUUAUUGCGAAAGGUUAUCAGAUACAGCAAGUGUACCUGAAUUAUUGCAAGGAAUAGAAUCGCUUACACGUUUUAAUGCGUUUCAUGAUGAAAAUUCUGUAAAGGUUGCAAAGUCGAUAUUUACUAGUGUAAAUGUCCAAUCAUUUCAGCAGACAACUAGACAUUAUGUAUUUCAAAUAUUUGAUAGGCUGCUGAAGCACCAUUUAAGUGCGUUAAAGCAAGCGGAACAAGAUUUUGUUAUUGGAUUUAUCCAAGUAAUGGAUGGAGAGAAAGAUCCAAGAAAUUUAUUAUUAGCAUUUUCUUUAGUUAAAUUAAUUAUACACGAAUUUGAUAUUUCUAAGCGUAUUGAAUUGUUGUUUGAGGUAACAUUUUGUUAUUUUCCAAUUACAUUUAAACCACCACCUGAUGAUCCAUAUGGUAUAACAGCUGAUGACUUAAAAAUUGCUCUCAGGGAAUGUUUGUCAGCUACACCAUAUUUUGCCGAACUUGCUAUGCCAUUAUUAAUAGAAAAAUUAACUUCAAGUUCUGGCAAUGCAAAGAAAGAUUCGAUGGAAACUUUAGCAUCAUGUGCUCCAGUGUAUGGUGCAAAAUCAAUUGUGCCGCACUUGGAAGAAUUAUGGGAAUAUCUUAGAGAAGAAGUAGUAAAUGCUACUGAUGAUUCAUUUGAAAUUAUAGCAUUGGAAGCCAUUAAAAGUGUCGUUGCUACAUUAUCUUCAGGAAUAAUAAACAAAAUGGAUCAUUUACAACAAUUUUUAAAGACUAUUAUAACUGAAUGUAUGGAAAAUUUAAAAGAACCAGAAUUGAAAUUGGCUAAACCAUGUGGAAGGAUUUUAAUGUAUUGUGCUAUGGCUUCAGACCCGUCUUUUAACAUUGUAAUGUUGGCUACUUUGAGAGUCUUAAUACAACAAUAUAAAGAAAGUGAGUUAGCAACAAGGAAAAAGGGUAUAUUGGAAGUAUUAAGAGUAUUUAUAACGGCAAGCAAAAAUCUAUAUGGAUCAAUCGAAAACCCAUUGCAAGAUUUAGAUGCUGAUUUUGUCACGCCGUUAUCAUCUUUCAAAGAUGUUUAUAUAGAAAUAUUUAGUUCAGCUUUACUAAGUCAAAAUGAAUAUAAUGAAUUAAGACUUUGUGGAUUACUCGGGUUGCAUGAUAUGAUAUUUUUACACCAAUUUUUUAAUGAUGAUGAAGUCGGAAUUAUUUUACAAUAUUUUAAUCGAGCAGUCUUGGAAGAAACUGACCAGGAAAUUUCAAAUGAAGCAUUAAAGUCUUUAGCUAAUAUAGCUAAAUAUAAAUCAAAUAUUGUGUUGGAGGUUACACUUCCAGUCUUCUUGGAUAUUCUACCUUAUGAUAAAGAUGAAAUGAAAAUUGAUAAUAUUCAUGGAAUGAAUUUAAAAAAAGCUAAUUAUGUAAAAACUUUGGAUGCUUUGUCUGAAUUGGCUAUUGAACCUAUAUUAUUUGAAGCAUAUGUUCCACAAAUUUUAAAUAAAUUGGAUUUUGCGUCCGCUGAAAUUGACUUAGAAUAUUCAGAAUCAUUAUUGCAAUCUCUUCAUAAUUUACUUUUAAAAAAGACACAUCAUUCAGAUAUUUCACGUUAUGUAGAUAUAAUUAUUCCUCAUUUGUUAACUAAAUCUAUUGGACCAAGUUUAUAUGGUAACUCUGAUAUAGAAAAUACGAUACAGAGUGUAUUUUUUGAUAAAAAAGUGAUUAAAAUUGUCGCCGGGAUAAUAAGUGUCAUUACAAAGAACUUGAAUGUUAGCGAACAAUCAAUAUUUAUUUCUCAAAUGUUUGAGAUAUUCGUGAAAGGAAAUUUAAAUUUAAAUUAUCUUGGAUUUUCAGAUCAAGAGAAAGCAUUAUUUAGUACAACAUUUUAUCCGCUUUCUGUAGAAUCCAGUUCUCAACAACAAAACCUAACAUUGUUAUUUACGGCAGCUGUUGGGUCUUGUCGGAAAGAAGUUCCUUAUCCAUCACCAAAUAUUUCAGAAUUUUUAUCGAAUCUUGUUGAAAUUUCCUUGAAUACAAAGAAUGAACUCCAACACCAUUCUUUAGCUCAAUUAGCUGCUUCAAUUCUAAAUAAAUGGAAUCAAGAGAAUGAGUUGAAUCAAUUCGUCGAAACAAAAAUUCUUGGAGAAUUAAGGAAUCAUUUUGCGCUUUCUAGUACGGGAAAUGAAGUUAUGAGGCAACCUUCAUUAGAUAUAUUUAUUUGGCUUACAAAAGCGUUAAUAUUGCGCACUCAUUUAUUGGGUUAUCGGUGCGUUGAUCAAAUAACAAGUCAAUUUAACGAUCCAAUGUUAGGAAAACGAGCUUCAGAAAGAUUUGAAGUGUUAAUUGGAGAAAGUGAUUUAUUAAAUAAACAAAGUUUUGCUGUUGUGAAGACUCUGCAUAAGCAAAGGUUCUUUAAUUAUUGUAUGCCAAUUUUGGCUGAAGGAUUCAAAUUAUCCAGUGAUGAGGUGAAGCAUAAUUAUUUAAUUGCUCUAUCCCAUUUAUUAAGAAAUAUUCCUAAACAAGUGUUAUUAAGCGAACUGCCAUCAUUGAUUACUUUACUUAUCCAUUCCCUAUCAUUACCUGACGCUGAACUUAAGUCAUCAACUAUCGAUACAUUUUAUAUAAUAUCUGCAAAUGCUCCACAUAUAAUAUCGGAACAUAUAUCCUCUUUAAUACCAUUAUUAUUAUCAUCGACAAAAGGUGAUAAAGGGAACACAAUGCGAGUCCGUAUAUCUGCUCUGCAGUGUUUGGGUAUACUACCCAAUCACAUACCAUUUGAUGUGUUAUUCCCAUUUAAAUCUAAAAUUUUGAGAGAGUUAAGUGCAGCAUUGGAUGAUAAGAAAAGAUUAGUCAGAAAACAAGCUGUCGAUUGCAGAAAUAAAUGGUUCUUGUUCAUUGGACCCCGAACUGAUUAA